AGUUUUUAGCUAACAGGACUCCGGAAAACUCUGGCAUAUCUAAACUUCUCUAACAUGAUAUUUGGUUUUUUUAUAUUCUGUUUUCUUCAUCUGCCUGAAAAUAAUGGUGCGUCUAACAGCGACAGAGUCUCCCAAACACCUCCGUUUAUCAUUAAGAAAACGGGUGAACCUUUCGCCAAUAACAAUAUCAGCUGUUCACACAGCAUACCAAAUUAUGAAGUCAUUCUCUGGUACAAACAGGACCAACAUAAAGCUCUAAAGCUCCUGGGAUAUAUGAAUGUAAUUUUUGAGAAUAUCGAGGUUGACGUUACAGGAAAAAUCAGCAUUGACGGAGACGGCCGCACAACAUCACGCCUCAGCGUUUCUGAUCUUUCAUUUAAUGACAGCGGUCUAACUGAUGGAAACGAUGUCACCCAGACGGACAUACUGUGGGCAGACGAGGGAAACGAAGCAACAAUGAACUGCAGCCACACGAAGGGUGCUGACUUCUUCCAGAUGUACUGGUACAGACAGCUGCCAGGACAAACAAUGAAUCUAAUCGUGUUCACAAGAAGCGGCAUUGAAGAUCAUGAUUUUGGAAAACUCAGCAAAGAAAAAUUUGCAGCCACCAAGCCUGAUGUUGAGACCGGGACAUUCACAGUGAAGAAUCUGGAGCCAGAAGAUAAAGGCUUGUAUUUCUGUGCUGUGAGCAAACACAGUGAUCCAGACACAUUCAACAGCUGA